AUGUCACUAGUUGGCUCUGAUUUCGCGGCCAAAAUUACAAACAAGGCGGCCGGUGCCCUCCCGCGAUUUUUUCUCGUUCCUUUAAUAUUCUUGCUUAUUUCUAUUCGCUUUUACCUCAAACUCUCCAAAUAUUCCUCUAAAAGGGCAGCAAAUUCACCUAUCAAAGGAAAAUCAGAUACGUUGAUCUAUGAGCACAUUCAGCUUCCAAAUGGCCUAAAGACGCUGGUUAUUCACGACCAUACGGCAGAAACCGCGUCAGCAACCAUCUCCUUUAAUUUUGGAUCUUUCUUGGAUCCGCCAGAAUAUCCAGGAUUGGCCCAUUUUCUUGAGCAUCUACUGUUUAUGGGGACAGAAAAAUACCGAGAUGAAGCAGAAUACGUGUCUUUUAUAUCUGAAAAUUCUGGAUCGUGCAAUGCAGAGACAAGUGGAGAGUAUACGCUCUACCACUUUUCCAUUAAGGCCGAUUUUCUUGAGCCUGCUCUUGAUAGAUUUUCUCAAUUUUUCACGGCACCGCUUUUUUCUGCCUCUUGUGUUGGAAAAGAAAUAGAUGCCAUUGAUUCAGAAUUUUUGAUUCAUCGUCAACACGAUUUUCAGAGAUACCGACAUGUGCGUGCUUUCCUAACUAACCUUUCCCACCCGUUCCAUAAUUUUCUUGUUGCAAACAAGGCCACUUUGACAGGAAAGGAUGGUGGAAAUAUCCGCGAUGAGGUCAUAAGUUUCUACAGAAAUCAUUACUCUGCCGAUCGUAUGAGCCUUGUCGUUGUUGGAAAAGAGCCAAUUGCCGAUCUUAUCAAGCUUGUCAAGGACAAAUUUCCAAAUGUCCCUGGAUCUUUGCAACCAUUUGAUUGCUAUUGGAAACACAUAUCUCGAGCGGUUGAAGAAAACCUUGGAUCCAUUAUUUGGGUCAAGACUUUGCAAUUAACAAGGACGAUUGAGUUUGUAUGGCAAAUCCCAGAUCAAAUGCCCUUGUACAUGUCAAAGCCUGCUAGCUUUCUUGCUGGCAUUAUUGGACAUGACGGCGAUGGCGGUUAUUUCGAUGUUUGGGAAAGAUUCUGA